UGAGAUUUGACGUCAUAGGGCUGCGCCACGCUCCUCCAUCUGUUGUGAUUCGGCUGUGGAAAGAAAAACUCCUGGUGAAGCAGCAGAGAUCCACGUGACACUAUUAUAAAGAUGGCGUUUAUUAAGGAGGAGAGUGAAGACAUUAAGAUUGAAGAAGUAUUCAGCUUGAAACAAGAAGAUACUGAGGAACAAACAGACCUGAUGGCGCUAAAAGAGGAGAGUGAAGCACUGAAUGAAACUGAAGAGAAAGAUCAUCAUGAUUUCAUACCUGGAGACAAAUCUUACAGUUGCUCACAAACUGAAAAUACCUCACGAAAAAGGGCUCUAAAGACAGGGACUACAAGUUACUUAACCUGCUUUCAGUGUGGAAAGAGUUUCAAUCAACACAAAAAGUUACAAGUCCAUAUGAGAAUUCAUACAGGAGGAAAGCCUCACACACAUCCUCAGUGUGGAACAAUUUGUGAUCAAGAUGGGAACCUUAAAGUCCACAUAAGAAUUCAUACUGGAGAGAGCCCAUUCAUCUGCCAACAGUGUGGAAACGGAUUCACUCAAAAAAGAAGCCUUAACAGGCACAUGAGAAUUCACACCAGAGAAAAGCCUUACACAUGCCGUCAGUGUGGAAAGAGUUUUGAUCGACAUGCAAACCUUAAAAUCCACAUGAGAUCACACUCUGGACAGAAACCCUACACAUGCCCUCAUUGUGGAAAGGGAUUUAAUAAAAAAGGACACUUUGAAGACCACAUAAGAAUUCACACUGGACAGAGCCCAUUCAUCUGCCAACAGUGUGGAAAUGGAUUCACUCAAAAAGGAAGCCUUAACAGGCACAUGAGAAUUCACAAUGGAGAGAGGCCUCACACAUGCCGUCAGUGUGGAAAGAGUUUUAGUCAACAUGGAAACCUUGAAGUCCACAUGAGACUUCACACUGGAGAGAAACCUUACAUCUGCCAACAGUGUGGAAAAAGUUUCAACCGCAAAGGAAACCUUAAUUACCACAUGAAAAUUCACACUGGAGAGAAGGCUUUCACCUGCAAACUGUGUGGAAUAAGUUUCGCUCUAAAAGGAGGACUUAAUAGGCACAUGAGAAUUCACAACAAAGAAAAGCCUUACACAUGCCCUCACUGCGGAAAGGGAUUUUAUCAACAUGGAAACCUCAAAAUCCACGUGAGAAUUCACUCUGGAGAGAAACCCUACACAUGCCCUCACUGUGGAAAGAGUUUCAAUCAAAAAGGACACUUUGAAGGCCACGUGAGAAUUCACACCGGAGAGAAACUCUACAUAUGCCUUCAGUGUGGAAAGAGUUUCAAUCGAAAAGGACGCUUUGAAGACCACAUAAAAAUUCACACAGGGGAGAAGCCUUUCACCUGCCAACAAUGUGGAAAAAGUUUCAACCGAAAAGGAAUCCUUAACAGACACAGGCGAACUCAUAUCGGAGAGAAGUCGUUUAAAUGUGGUCACUGAGUUUCAGAUCUAAAGUAGCCCUUAAGUACCACAUUAGAAUUCACAUAUGAGAGAACUGUUUUAUGUCAUCAGUGUGGGACGAGUUUCACAGAUAGGAAGCAUCUUAGAAAUCAUGAAAUAACUUCAGAGAGAAGCCUUUCGUGUGCCAUCACUGUGGAAAGACUUGCAAAAACAAAGCAAACCUUGAGUUUAACCUGAGUGUCCCGUGUGAAGUUCUUUUUCAUUGUUUGCUUUAAAGUUAAAAGAAGAUCAAAAUACGUGAGCAUCAAAUUGAGCAAACA